AGAAUUUUGCGAGAUUUUCUGUGGGCAAUACCGACGCCAAACAAGUUCGUGAAAUUAAAAAAUAAAAACUUGUAUAUGCUAAUAUUUUUUAAGACGUAAUGUCUCUACCAAGUAAUUACAAACAAAUUGCUGUUGGUGCACCUACGGGACCGCCAACCCCAGCACCUAGUAGCGGCUCUGGAAGUAGUCGCUCGCGUUCUUCGACUGCUGGUGGAGGUUCUGAUCGAAAUAAAGAUACUACACCAAUAUUUACUCAUAGCAACUAUGGUAAUCCCGCUUUUACCCCUCAAAAGGCAGGCAAAUCUUCCAGUUCGAAAAAUCAGUCGGAGUCUCGUACACCUAAACCACCAAAGCCUCCAGAGAAGCCUGUGCUGCCAUAUAUGAGAUACUCGAAACGUAUUUGGGAUAGUGUUAAGGCACAAUAUCCAGACUUAAAAUUAUGGGAACUAGGAAAAAAGAUUGGUGCAAUGUGGAAACAACUAACUGAAUCAGAAAAGCAAGAAUUCAUUGAUGAGUAUGAGGCUGAUAAAGUUGAGUACGAAAAAGCAUUGAAAACGUACCACAAUUCACCGGCUUACCUUACAUUUCUUGCUGCUAAGAGCAAAGUUAAAUCAGAUUCCGAUGUACACGAGACACCAUCUAGAUCCAGUGGUAAAAGUCAACAGGAACGACGGAUUGAUAUACAACCUGCAGAAGACGAAGACGAUCAGGAUGAGGGAUAUUCAUUUAAGCACGUAGCAUAUGCCCGCUAUUUGCGCAACCAUCGGCUUAUCAAUGAGAUAUUUUCAGACGCUGUAGUCCCGGAUGUACGUUCUGUAGUAACUACUCAACGUAUGCAAGUAUUGAAACGUCAAGUAAGUUCACUUACUAUGCAUCAAACGAAACUUGAAGCUGAGCUACAACAAAUGGAAGAAAAAUUUGAGGCAAAAAAACAACGUAUGGUAGAAUCCAGUGAAGCUUUCCAAGAAGAAUUAAAGCGUCAUUGCAAACCUGCAGUAGAUGAGGACACAUUCCAGAAAAUGGUAGUAAAAAUAUAUGACGAAAUUAAGCGAGAACGACAGCGUGCAGAUGAACAUCCCUCUGGUGGGAGUUCCGCUACGGGUAUACCGCAAGCAGUGGGUACUCCUAAUGAAGAUAAAAUCGUUUCUCCUACUGUACCUGGUACUGGUGUUUUGCCAUCUUCAGGAAAAAAAGAUUCAGAUAUGUCACUUCCAAGUACACAAACACUUCAAACUCCAAGAGAUGGAAAUGAGUGUGGCAGUAAAACAGAGCCAGAGCCGAUGGACAUUGAACCCAGCUCAAAACCUUCAGCACCGGUGCCCCCUAGACCAGAGGUACAGAAAUCUGUAGGUAAAAUGGGAGGGGAAUUAAUAAAGGAGACAAGUAACAAAUCACCAACUUCGUCGAAUAUAAAACCUGGACAGCCCAGUAAAGUACCAACACCAACACCAACCCCACCUCCACAAACGGGUCCAAUAGAAGGCGCUGCUGGAAACCAUGCUCUUUCAUCUGCAGCUGUAUCAAAUCCAUCAUCUCAAAUAAGUGUACCACCAACACAAACACCACCACCACAAGCUGUUAAUCAAGCUAAUCAACAACCACCCCAACCGCAAUCUGCUCAACAGCCACCUCCAACCCAACCAGUUCCACCAACAAUGCCAAUGCACCCACAUCAUCCUCCUCCAACACAUACUCAUUUACCCCCUCAUUUACCUCCACAUCAAUCUAUGUCAGCUAUGCCCCCUCAUAGUGGGUAUGGCAGUUACGGUGCCCCAACUGGUCCCACUCGGUCACCAUACUAUCAACCGCAGUAUGGGGCACAUCCUGCUCAGCCAUAUGGACAAUAUGCUCCUUAUCCACACUACCAACAACCUUACGGUCCACCUCCGAGCUCACAUUAUAUGAAUGCACGUCCACCGCCACAGCACAACGGUUCGCCUGUUCAUUAUCCGGAGCAUGGUGGACCUGUUUCAGCACAACCACAACAGCCCCACGAUGUUUAUGGUCAACAACCACCCCAUAAUCCAGUUUUACCACAACAGCAACCUGUAACAGGUACAGUUCCACCUUUAGCUGUUGCUGGAUCGGGUAACGCAAGUGCAUCAACAACAGCUUCUGGCGUUGGUAUUACGGCAUCUGAUGUUACCAAAACUGAGAUUGAAAAGAAAGAUACUGGCGCUGAGUAAAUGAGGAUAAUCUUCGCAUGCUUAAUAUUAUAAAAUUUUCUCAAACCAUUUGCCCAUUUUAUACUUAUGCAUAAAUACUAAAUAUUAGAUGGUCUCUAAAUGUCUAAUCUAUAGAGCAAUAAAGUUGCUGAAGGUAAUUAUAA